AUGGAGCUCUCUAACCUGUACGAGGUCGCGCCCCGGCCCCUGAUGAGCAGUCUGACCCAUGGCCAGCAGCCUCCCUCCGGCUACAGAGACCCGACAGACCUCGGCGGUGAGAUCGGAGACAACGAGACGUCCAUCGACCUGAGCGCGUACAUCGACCCUUCAGCUUUCAACGACGACUUUCUGGCCGACCUGUUCCACCACAGCUCUCGGCAGGACAAGCUCAAGAUCAUGAACGGGGAGUACGACUCGGUGCCGUGCGGCCCGGGGCCCCAGCAGCUCUACAUGUCCAACUACAUGGAGUCCAAGCUGGAGCCGCUCUACGAGCACAACCCGCAGCGCAUCAGACCGGUGGCCAUCAAGCAGGAGCCCCGGGACGACGAGGACCUGAACCCGGGUAUGCCUCCAACAUACCACCACCCGCAUUCCCAGCAGUAUUCCCAGCAUGCCCAGCAGCAGCAGCAGCCGCACCUCCAGUACCAGAUUGCGCACUGCGCGCAGACCACCAUGCAUCUCCAGCCUGGUCACCCGACCCCUCCGCCGACCCCGGUGCCCAGCCCGCACCAGCACCAUCACCACCACCCACACCCGCACCAGCACCCGCAGCAGGGCGGCAUGAAGAUGAUGGACCAUCAGCGGGGCGGCGGGAAAUCCAAGAAACACGUCGACAAAAGCAGCCCGGAGUACCGGCUGAGGCGCGAGCGCAACAAUGUGGCCGUGCGUAAAAGCAGGGACAAGGCCAAGAUGCGCAACAUGGAGACGCAGCAGAAGGUGGUGGAGCUGACCACCGACAACGACAGACUGAGGCGGAGGGUGGAGCACCUGACCCGCGAGCUGGACACGUUACGGGGCAUCUUCAGACAGCUGCCGGACGGAUCCUUCAAACCCAUGGGCAGCUGA